AUGCUCACACAAGUCCUUCUCGCCCUCGUGGCGUCCGCAAGUGCCGCCACCAUCAAGAUCAACGUGGGCGAGGCCGGCCUCACCUUUACCCCCGAUACGACCACCGCGGAAGUGGGUGACGUUCUCGAGUUCCAUUUCGUCGGCGGCGUGCACGACACCGUCAGGGGCGACUUCGAUAAGCCGUGCCAGCCAGCUCCCGCGGAAGGCGGGUGGGCCUCUGGCAGCAUAACUGGCUCUGCUACAAACAAAGACGUGUUCCGGGUGACAGUCAACACCACCGAGCCCCUCUUCUACUACUGCUCCGUCGGCGCCCACUGCCCCAAUGGCAUGGUGGCCGCGGUGAACCCGACCGCUGACCUCACUGUUGCCGCGUAUAAGGCGGCGGCAAAGGGGAAGACUGCCACCAGACCAACCGGCGUCUUUGGCGGAGAGUUUGGUGAUGCAUCGGCAGAAUAA